AUGCUUAGUGACUGUUCUAUUCCAGAAGAGAAAGCUGCUCAUGCGAAAACGCAAGCUCAUCUGUUACAAACCUUGGAGGCUAUGAAGCAACAAGCAGAAGCGGCUGAAGAACAUGAGAAAACGUUUAAGAGUGAGACAGGUCGACAGCUACAGAACUACAGGAACCAGAUCAGCACGGUCAUCAGAGAAUUUCAGGAUACUGUCGCGGUUUGUUUUGUCGGCAUUGAAUCGGUUGAGAAGCUGCUUGCAAGUGAAGCCCCGAAGAUACCCAGUCAAGGAACAAGCGACACCGGAGCGUUCUGGAAGGCAUUAGAAGUCUUGCUGGAGGCUUUGCAUGGCAUCAUCCGUGAGGGUGACGAGACGCUACUGGAGCCAAUUAAAACCAUCAAACAUAUUGCUGAAGAAAAGACUGCUGGAAUGGUGGAACGGGCGUCAAAACUCGUCCCUCAACUCCGUCAAAGAGCCGAGGAGUGCGAGCAGUGCAUGAACUCAAUGAAGAACUCGCUAACGAAACUGCAAGAACAAGCUGCCGUCUCAGCUCCGAGCCUCAAGUCUUUGACAAGGCAACUUUGGAGUUCUUGGUACUCUUCUGCAAACUUUGCGAGAUCCUUGCAUGGAACAGUCACGGAAACUGUCAAGGAUGCUUUAGAGCUUCGCAAACUAAUUGACGAAGACACAAAACAAAACGACCAGUCUCUUAGAUACUCGAAGCUGCUCCGGGGACUGGAAGAAGCGAAGUCUAGACUUGAGCUACAGAUGGACAUGUGUUCAGCUCUCGGCCAAACCUUGUCGAAGCUUUUUCUGGAGAUUGCAGGCAGACAAAUGCGUGAACACGAAAAUGAGGCUCCGGAAACAAAGUGUGGCGAUGAUCGCAGUCCUUUUACCGGGCUUGGGGCUGAUAGUUUUAUAAAAGACCUGGCUAAGUCACUUGAAGCAGAAGAAGUCUCAGUGAAGGAGAGGCUAGACCUGGAACUUGAGAUGACGAAGCUCAAGUCCAAGCUCAAGUCGGAGCAAGUUGCGAGAAUAUGGAGGGACAAAUACAUCCGUGAGUUUGUCAACAAAUAUAAUGCUCAUUUUGACGGCUCUUUGCUGGUCUCAAAAGAGGUGCAAACUGUAGGCCCGAUGAUGUUUGCACUGCGACCUGAGCUACAAAACGACGCUGCUGCCUCGGAGUUUCAAACGUACUGGGCAGAUCUUCUUGAGCAGGCGAAGAAAGUGUCGCCUCUUCCGCAAAGAGUAGUGAAGCAAACAAUUGCGGACAUCUAUUCUUCCAGAAUCAAGUACGUGAGAACAGCCACCGAGAUGCCAGCAUACCUCGGCAUCUACUUCCACAGCCAUUGCGAACAUAUCCUCGAGUUCAUGUCUUCCAUUCUCAAGCACAAAGACAUCCCAGAGGUAGAGAAUGGAAUUUAUUCUGAGCCUUACUUUGGCCAUGCCGUCUACCAGAUCGAAAGAUUUGGAAAGCUUGCUGGAAUAAUCAGCAGAGACUAUGGGAAGAGAAACGACCACAAGUUCAAAGUAACAGCAGCAAAGCCGGAAUUUCUGUAA